AUGGGUGACUCCCACCCGUAUGCAUUAAUGGCUGAGGGCAAUGGCGGCCCGCCAUCGCCUACCCGUGGCCGAGCAAAAGCAGUGUUUGACCGCCUGAGACAGCGAGCGACGGGGCUCGUGAGGAAGGAUAAGGGCGAAGAGGGACACCACUUGAAGGCAGCGAUGGGCGGGGCGGAUAGCGAGUACCGUAUUCCCGAGCUGCGCUUCUCGUCGUCCUUCGCGGCGCUGGCCAUGACUGGAACAGGAGGCCAUUCUCACUCGCUCGCCCACCGCCAGACCACUCUCCGCCCCUCCCUACGGCGCCGCCCGUCAACUGCCGACGCUGGCCUUCGUUCCCAGCCCCCGCCUGUCCCGCCGAAACAGCCUCCCUCCCCGACCACCCCCCGCAAGCUGUCGUUCCGUCGCAAACGUGUCGAAGAUUCCGCACCCCAGCCAAAGGAGGCCAGAAUCACAAUCCGCGAACGACCGCGGAGAAGACCGUCGACUGCGCCAGCUGCUGUGUAUCGGCACAAGAACCUGAGUGCGCUGUUGGGUGCCGAGGCGGGGCCGUGGACAAUACCGGAUGACGAUCAUAGCAUCCCGGACGAAUCGACCCAGCCCUUGCGACUGGCGCGCAAAACAUCCACGCCGCUGCUCAUCACCACUCCCGCUGCAAGUCCGCUCUCCUCUCCUUCGACGGUUUCAUCCUUCAGUACAAGCACCCCGCCAACGCCGACCUCCGCGACCGGCGAAACGACGCCCCCGCGUCAGAUGCCGCUCGCAAUGCGUCUGGGCAACGGCUCCCUCGUGGCCCUGCCCCCACCGAAGCCCGUCCCGAGCGGGCCGCUCCCGCCGCUGCCGUUGCCGUUGCCGUUGCCGUUGCCGUUGCCCCAGCAGAAGGAGCACCACGGAAUCGGCCCUCCCCCGGCUGCCGCGCUCCCCCCGCUCCCGCUCCUCCGCAUCCCUGGCGCGCGCCCCGUCGACGCGGACGACUCGGACACGGACAGCUUCUUCCUCUCGCCGCCGACGCAUGCGCACCCCUACAGCCGCCCGCCCUCGCCCUUGCUUGCGCGGCCAGACCCCGAGGCGCGCUCUGUCUCCGCCCGCUCGGUGUCGCUCUCGCUGCUCGACGCGUUCCCGGCGCCGCCCGCGACAUGUCCAGCCCCGCUCGCUGGCUCAGACUGA